UCAAGCAAAGCCCUACCUGUUGGGUGGCACACCUAUGCCUUAUUCUGUGUCUGUGACUACUGAUGCAUCUAACACACCUUCAUUUUGUUCACCUCUACAAGACAUAAAUUCUGUGGAAGGUCGAAUAACUGGAAAGAUUCGUCCUUACCCAAGUCCAAUUUCUCCUCAAUAUUCUGUCCAUAAUCGUGGUUCUUCAAUUGUGGAUUCUACUUUAGGUCCCUUUCUAACACCUCAAUCUUUGUUAACUUCUGAUCGAUUUGCACAUCCUAGAGAAUGGUUAUUAGCACAAAAUUUGAACCCUAAUUGGAAGGAUAUGGGUUCACUGCCUCUAACUUCCUCUGUACCAAUGCCUUCUCCAGCAUUUCAAUCACCAUUGGAGCAUCUACCAACCUCCGUGCACAAGGCUCAAUACCCAAGUCCACAGUUUACUGAAGAGUUUGAUUUUGUGGCUAUGAAUGAAAAGUUCAAAAAGGACGAGGUAUGGAAUUCUAUUGCAAAGGCAACCACAAAAAUAGAGGGAUUGGAAGACAUUGAGUUUCUCAAUUUGGGUGAACGAGAAUGUCACAAAUUAAAGUCUGCAUACAAAAAAGAUGACUUUUUUGACACAAUUUCUUCUAACUCUAUGACUCGUGGAUCAAGGAAUCGUUUAUCUGCAAGAACAAAACAGGAUACUGAGAGAUUUGGCAAUUUCCAUCAGAGGCCUAAUGCAGGUUAUGGUGAUUAUGGCGCUGGACGCGGUGAGAAUUUCAGGGGCUAUUUGGGAAGGGGUUAUGGUUAUGGCGGGAGAGGGCAUGGACCAAACUUCCCUUUCUAGUGGUAUCCCUAUUUUCUGUUAAACUUUCCUUUAUUUUCUGCUCGAUCGUUGGCUUUAUGCCAACGGUGUUUACAUAUUUUUGGAGCUUUCAUGCUUGAAUGCUGGAGUUUCAAACUUUCAAAUUACAGCCAAGUUCAUGUAUUAUUUUUGGGCUCAUGAUCUGGUGUUUGGCGUCUAGUUCUAAACAAUUGCUGUCUAUAUGUCUAUAAAGCAAUCAGUAUCCAGUGGAACAAUGGAUCAUUUUUCUUCUUAGUUUUAAAUUUCUAUAUGUUGAGAUGUGCAUAGCAAUCAGUAUCCAGCAGUUCAAGUAAAUCUUGGUUGAUGACAGGAUUCAUUCUUAUAUUGAGAA